AUGAAGCUUCUCAGUUGUCUCGUCUUUGUCCCUCUUACCGUUGCGCACAACCCACGACAGUAUGAGGCACUCCAAGCGGCUCCUAGCGAUCUGAUGCCGCGAUUCUUUAUCGAUCGCUCAUUUCCUUUGGCCAAACGCGCAGGGGAUUGUGGUUCGGAUCAUCACAACUGUCUAGAGAUUGGAUUUGCAGAUGACUGUUGUGACAACGACUCUUACUGCUACGUCAACCGAAAAGGCGACCCGAAAUGCUGUCCUAUAGGCUCCAACUGCUCCAGCGAUUCGCCGUGUAGCUCGGAUGCUUAUUUCUGUACCCGCACCGUCACAAGGAGUGGAACUGCCACUGCGCAAGAGGGCUGCUGUGAUCGCAAGUGUCCAAGGACGAGUCUUUACCUUUGCCCAAGUAGUCUUGGUGGGAACUGCUGCGGCUACAACUCUGAGUGUCGGGCGGGUGGCGAUUGCGCCUCUACGAGACCAGCUUCGAGAACGGACCUCCUGUCGCCCAUCCCCUCAGGCUGUACAACCUCUCAGCAUAAAUGCUCCGACGGUGCAGGCUGUUGCGACAACGACCAAGAGUGCACCCAGGUCAGUGGUGAGGGAUACUGCGCUCAGGCUACACCAACAGACAGCGGUGUCACGAUUGUCGACGACAACGACAGCAGCGGCGGCGGCCUGUCAGAUGGUGCAAAGGCUGGGAUUGGCGUCGGUGUCGUCGUGGGAGCCAGUAUCAUUGUUGGCGGGCUAACUUGGAUGUGUCUACGCAAGCGACGCCAGCGCACUGCAUCAAGGCCAUCAGCAUCUGGCGAAGGAGACGGCAGUGCGCUCCCUAGAGAUGCCAUGACAGAUAUAUCCGGGAGCCAUGCACGGUCAGGCUUGACUCGGGACUACUUUGGACCAGACCCAGCAGCAGGACCAUAUACUGAGCAAGCAAGCUCACGGGUCACCUCACCUGGAAGAAUUGCUGCUGUGCCCAUGCAUGCACAAUCCCCUGGAGACAUCGCCGCGCCCGUGGAGAUCGACUCUGCGAAUAGAGACGGCAGCGAUCUUCUAUCACCCAUGUCAAGCCCGAGUAUAUACCAGACACCCCUUUCUGGAACAAUAGACGGUCGGUUCGAGCUGUACGGUAACGACUCAGCCAUAACACCAGACCGUCCCUUGUCAAUCGUUCCCACUCCCCCACAGAGUGUAACCGGGGAUGUUGCACCGAAGCAAAAGCAAUAA